CGGGGCCGGCCGGGGGGGGGAAAGAAGCCACCAAAGGCAACUUUCUCACCUUGCCGGGAAUAAAGCUCUGCCCAUGCUUCCUCAGCCGCCCGCCCGUCCGCCGCGGGAGCGCCCUCCGACGGCCGGGGCGCCCCGCGCAGGGGCCAGAGCCGAGUAGGCGGCCGCCACUCGCCGCCGUCCCCUCAGUCCCUGCAGCCCGGAGCGGAGAGGAGCGGAGAGGGGCGGAGAGGGGCGGAGAGGGGCUGGCUCGAUGCUCCGGCCAUGGGGCGCGGGGCCCCCCUCGGACGGUGCCUGCUGCGGGCGGCGCUGCUGCUCGCCCUCUGCCCCGGCGCCGCCGGCGGCACCUGGACGUGGCUGGGCAUCGCCGCCGCCGGCGGUCCGGAGAAAACGGGGUGCCCCAGCCCGCCGCUGAGCCCCCGGCAGCAGGAGCUGUGCAGGGAGAAGCCGGAGCUGGUGCCAGCCAUCCGGGAGGGAGCGAGCCUCGGCCUCCGCGAGUGCCGCAGCCAGUUCCGACACGAGCGCUGGGACUGCCGCCCCCCGCCCGCAGCCUUCGGGCAGCAGCUGAGCAGCGGCACGAAGGAGACGGCGUUCAUACACGCGGUGACGGCGGCGGGCCUGGUGCAUGCCGUGACGCGGUCCUGCAGUGCGGGCAACGUGACCGAGUGCUCCUGCGACACCAGCCUGCAGAGCGGCGGCUCGGCCAGCGAGGGCUGGCACUGGGGUGGCUGCUCGGAUGACAUCCACUACGGGAUGUCAUUCAGCAGGAGGUUCCUGGACGUGCCCAUGAAGAACGUAACGGGCAAGAGCGGGAGUGGGCUGGCAGCGAUGAACCGGCACAACAACGAGGCUGGGAGGCAGGCUGUAGCAAAGCUGAUGUCAGUGGACUGCCGCUGUCACGGUGUAUCUGGGUCCUGUGCUGUGAAGACGUGCUGGAAAACCAUGUCCUCCUUUGAGAAGAUUGGCCGGUUUUUAAAGGAUAAGUAUGAAAACAGCAUACAGAUAUCAGACAGACUGAAAAAAAAGUUACGCAGGAAAGAGAAAAGCCAGCGAAAAAUACCAAUCCAGAAGGAAGACCUGCUGUAUGUGAACAAAUCGCCCAAUUACUGUGUAGAAGAUCAAAAGCUGGGAAUCCCCGGGACUCAGGGGAGGGAAUGCAACCGCACAUCGGAGGGACCCGACGGCUGCAACCUCUUGUGCUGUGGGCGCGGGUACAACACCCAUGUGGUCAGGCACGUGGAAAGGUGCGACUGCAAGUUUGUCUGGUGCUGCUAUGUGCGCUGCCGGCGGUGUGAGACCAUGACGGAUGUACAUACCUGUAAAUAAGGUUAAGCACAGAAAAUGAAGCCGGGUCACCCUGCACUGUAUUGUACACAGAACCGCUGCUCAAGCAGCAAUUGCUCUUACCAUGUGGGAUUACAGGGGAUCAGCCUCAGGGGGAAUGGGCACUGCCAAACCAGGGGCAGUCCAAAAGUUUGGUGUAUGAAAGAGCAACUGAGUGAAGAGCAGCCUGCACACAGGGACAGCUAAAACAGCAAGAAAGGACUCCUGAUGGCGCAUCUGAACUCCACACUAGAGCUAAAAUCUUUCUAAGUCUUGAAUAGCUACAGUAUGAAGAUCAGUGUGGUCAUUAGGUACAUGGAGAAAACUCAAGGUUGUUAGCCGGAGAAUGUAGGGCUAAGAGGCUUGUAAGACACAUCAGAUGGAUCCACUGGACAAUUCAUUUCUGCAGGCCUUACAAAGAAAGAGCCAAAACCACAGUUACAGGUUACAGGAAAUGUUCAACUGUUCACCAUGAAGCAUUUCCUUUGUGACUGUUCAAAAAGCUGUUUGCAUCAUAUGCAGAAAAGCAUCUGGUACCCAGAAACUUGUGCCUGCAGAGGUGGGCACUGGUGGGAUGGGAGAGGAGGGUCCCUUGUCCUGAAACAGGCAGUGUCUGGAGCAGAGGGGCUAGAGCACAGUUUGAUGAACAUGAAUGGUGUGCCAAAGAGCAACCUCAGGAUUUUGCGUAAGUUGUCUUUCAAAUGCACAAAGGACAGGUCUGAGGAGGGACUGAAAUACUGCUUGGUAUCUGAAGGAAGUACAGCCCUUCACAGGUAUUUCCUCAGUACCUGAAUGCACAAUUUGGGAGUCAGCCAGUCAUCACCCCACUGCUGGACUGCAUGUAUUAACCUGCCACGUUCAACCAUCUUGCUGGUGGUUCACCACCAUUUUCACAAUUAACCAUACGGGAUUCAGCCCAAAGAAAUCUGUCAGAAAAUGAAAGAUUUUAAGAACAUUGAUUGCUUUCUCUUAUAAGAGCUAGAACUUUUCAUUAAUGUCCUAAGUAAGUUCAAUGCACAAUGUAAUUUAAGGAUUGGCUCACACCACUAAAAUAUUUACUGUUAUUGAUAACAUCUUCUGCCCUUCCAUAUGUCGGCUUAAUUUUAUUUUAUAUCUGUGAAAGGUUGUUCAUUUUUAUGCAAUGGUACAAUUCCUGGUUUAAAAAAACAUCAUGUGAAAGGAUUUCUGUUGUUUAAAUGUGCAAAGACCUAUUUUUGAUAAGACAAGAAAGUUUAUAUUUUGUAAAUAUUUAAAUUAUGCAAGUUAUGUAAAAGGUUUCCAAAACAAACGUGAUAAGAUUACAGCAUUUGACACUUGCUGAUUAGAUAUUUGUUUCUAUUGUAAUAGUUUUUAAUUGAUUUUUAUUUGCAUGUGCAGGGGGAACUUAUUCAGAGGAUUGCAGAAAUGUUCUUUUUCUUACCAUCAGGAUGGUUAUAACUAUUGCAGUUAAUACUGAAGAGAAGUGACACACUGAAGAGAAGCACUUAUUUGACAUUUUAAAUGAACCUUUAUUUACUAUUCUUUAUAGUUUUUUCUGUUCUUUUAAAUCCAUUUUGCAUACAGUGAAAUUCUGACUUCAGUGGUAAGUGGCAGUACUCCCACCGACAUCAAGGGAGCUAGCUGGGGGUUGCAGUCCCUUAACUUGUUCCACACUGGCGGGCAGUUUUUAGAAAUAAAUCAGCUUAGAGGUUUUGGUUGAGGCUUUAAAAGUCACUUUUUUUCAAAAGAUUCCCUGUCACUCUCAUUGGGUGUGUAGGUCAGGAGCGAGCAAAUUAAAUCUUCUGUGCUCUGGUACUUUGGUACCUUAAGUGGUGUAUCUGGAAUAGAAGAAGCCCUUUACCUGCUGGGGACCAUCCCUCCACUUCUGGCCCAAUUUCUCUUCGUUGACCUACCCAGAUCUGCUAUUUAAGAGAAGGGUGCUCAGCAUUCCUGUUGCUGUCACAGGCAGAUUCAACAAUCUUCCUGUGAAAGCUUGGAUGGGGAGGACACAUUCUGGUGGAAGAUCCUGAGGUGGAGUUGUGAAGGGUUCAGAUGGUUGUUCCCGUCUUCUGGAAAAUAACCCCACAGUCACUACAGGCAAUGCCACAAUGGGUCUGUGAGCUACAUGGACGUGCUGCUGGUCACUAUAGAUAUGAAGGUGUAGAUGUCCUCUCAAUGUGCUUUACAUCGAGCUGCUGGCAGACACAAGUGCCUCAGUGUCCCACGUGAGACUGCUCGUACCUGUGCCUUGACGGAGAUCAGUACAGAGAUCAACACCGCCUUGUUGUACAGGCCUCCAGGAGGAACCAGCUGCUGGGAUUUCAGCAAGGAGAUCGAGAUCAUCUCUUGAAACAGCACUGAUCUGUACCUCAAAAUUACCUUAGCUUCUACCUGACCUAAAGUUUCUUCCGUGCCUGAACUCAAGUAGGGAAAAUCACCUAUGAUGUACUUCUUAGUAGGCCUUAACUUCUGGCAGGGGGAGGAAAUGGUCCUGGGCUCCUGGGCAUGAGGUCAGCUUCAGGGAUUUGCCCAGGAGAACAAAUCUCAAUAGGCUGUUUUUGUGGGUCAGAACGGGAACUGUUCAGUGUGGGUCAGCACUGAACUGGGGAGUCGGGCAGUCACGACAGGGUCAGUGCAUUUAGGGUGUCUCUCGCCUGCUUGGAUAGCUCCUAAUUGAGGCUGCAGAGCAGUCAUCUGGAUUAAAAAUAAUAAUAAUAAUAAUAAUAAAUGUUAUUAAUAAAGAUUUUUUUUCUGGAUUGAGGGGAGGAAGCUUAUUUCUUUUUUCUAAGUGUGAUAAAAAGCAACAAAGAGAAGUGGCAACAUGGUUUAUAAAACUAUACAUAGUUUAUGAGGGCUACUAUGUCUGGACAAAUAUGUGUGAGGGAUUAGAAGCUUCAGGGGCAACAGAAGGACCCAGCUUGCCCCUGGGGAAGUCAAAGGGAGCUGUUUUGUGGGGGACAGCAUUACGCUUUCUGCAUGGAGGGCAGCACCUUGGUGAAAGCAAGUGGGUGCACUCAGAGGGGGUCCCUGCUCAGCCCUCAGCUGCACCCGCAUCGUGUGCUUGUAGGCAGGGGGAGCAGAAGCAGGACUGAGUGCAUCGGGAGCAUGAGCCUCUCUCUGCCUAUAGCAGUUGAAACUGGUGUUUAAGUUAAGCUCCAUUGUAACUUACCUAAGUUACAUCCAUAAAACUAGUUCUGUGUGGGCUGUGCCUGUAAAAGUAGUUCUGGACCUGAUCAGGAUAUGUUGCUCUGUAGUACUGCAUUGCUCUGUAGUAGCACCAGGGCCAAAUAAAUUAGCUGACAUCCACUGCAGUAUUUAUUCCACAAAACUGCCUUCAGUUCUUCCACACUCUGGAAAGAGUCUCCCGUGGGUGAGAGCAAGAGCAAGAACUAUAUGUAAGCCAGCAAGCCUCCUGAGCUUUCGAACAGGAGCCUACAUAGGACAUAUGUGGUUCAGCCACUUUUGUGGGCAUAUGCCACUGAGAUGGACUUCAAUCGCUCAGUUUGAUAGUGUGUUUUAUUGUUGUUGUUUUUUUCCCAGUGCUAGUAAAUGACAGAUAUAUGAAACAUAUGUGCAAGGUAAACAGUAACAAUUCACCUUGGUCGUUCAGAGGAUAUGAUGCUAACAGGGCAUGCACUUUGGCUGGGAUUUCUGAGGGUGCUGAGAUGUUUGAUUUCCUUGGAGGUAGCAAACAAAUUUAGGGGAGUUUCUCAUAGAGCAAAACUGUCAUGGUUACAUCACAUAAAGUGCUGAAGUGGUACCAACUCAUUCUCCUGGUUAAAGUUUAUUAAACAAACAAACAAACACAUAAAAGGAGCAUACCUCUGUGGCAGACUUCAUGCCAAAUGAGGCAGUCUUUGUCUGACCCUGUAACAUAUUGUAGAUAUCACUUGUUCUCCCACUUAUAAAGUCAAAGUCAUUUUAAACUAGCAGGGUGGAAUAAUUUUUUUUUUUUUUCUAGAUAACCUGCCAAAGAUGCUAACUGUGAUUCCUUUCCUGACUGUAUCCUGCUGGGUGAUCCAGAGUACCCCAGUCCAGUAACACUAGCAACAGUGCAUGUGGUGUCAUGACUGCUUCUCAUUUCACACACAGAUUUGCAAUAGCAAUGUUUAAGAUUUUAAAUAACCUCACAUUUUUUCACUUUUGGUGAACCAGCACAGUGUAGUGCAUGGCUCAAGUGCUAGCACCUAGCUGAGAAGCAGGGCUUCGCACCUCUGCCUCCAAUGAGCAUACCCAAGGAGGGGAGGUAGUAGCAGUUUUCUGACUAUAAAUGGGAAUUUGUGGGCAAAGGACUUGUUUACAGUCACUUGGAAAAGCAGUGACAGACCUAGGUAUUUUUUAUAAAAUAGGCAGGUCUCCUGAUUAUGAACCUAACGCUUCUGCUAUCUGAUCACCACAUUUGCUUCUCAACUCAUAGUUUGAAAUCCGUGGUUUGCCAGCCAGGACUACACAGAGACCAUCCCAGUAGUGGUUGCUGGGCCAGUGCUGCUGUAGAGUUCAGUACAGUGUUCAAGGACAGGCAAAGACUACAGUUGGAUAAAGUUGUGUUUCCUAAACAUGGACUCCUGUGGUUUCUAUUUGUGGAAGGUAAAUAUGCUUUUUCCCUUCACAAAUGACAAAUUCAUCCUGAAGGGAAUGAUGUUUGUGAACUCCAUGUUAAAUGAAUGCUAGACAUAAUUAAUGUUAAAAUACUAAUUAAUACGAAAUACUAAUGCUAAAAUAUAUUACACUAAGCACUUAAUGCCUGUCCCAGAUUCUGCUGUCACACUGAACUGACAACUAUGUAAUCCCACAGACAGCUCUGUUAACUAAUGGAUGGUUUACUCAGCAGAGAAUGAAAUGACAAUUAAUCCUCUCCGGCCACUCUGUCAGCACUUCAGGGCUGAAAGUGUGGUGGCAGACAGGGCCAUGACGCUGCGAUUCAUUUCAGCCACCAGAUAACACUGCCAGGUGAAGCCUCCGGCACAGGCUGGAACCGGGAUGCCAGGGCUGAUUUCUGCGGAAGGUAGCUGCCACCUUGUUUGUGCAGCAAAGUGGUGUAAUAAAUAGAGGUAGGUUAGCUAAGAUGGACACACAUGUGGAGUUUAGAUGCAUUAAUUGAACUGGAAAAAGAUACAGAGAUUCAUUACAAGAGUGCCACAUACCUUCUGAAAUGCCUUGCUGACUCCGAGCCAGUAAACAUGCGUGCAUCCUCAUCUCAGCUAAAUGGUCAGAGCCUAUCUCAGGGUUUGGCCAUGUUAUUUUCCUCUCAGCCUUGCUAUUUUUGUGACUAUGCAGUGUAAUUUUAAAUGAGCUGCACACUUCCUUUUUUUAGUUCUUCAAAAAUCAUCAGCUUUUCAGCCCUUAUUUUGAUAUUUUUACUUUUAAGUAUCAAGUUUUGUGUGUACCAGGAUGUCCCAAUUAAAAUACUAAAACUUCUGACUGGGUAAGUCUUCUAUUAUAAUUUUCCCCAAAGUUCUGAAAAAAUACAUAAAAAAAAAUACAUAUAUAUUUGGUUGUGGAGCAGAAUGACAUAUUUCAUAAGCACUUUUCUAGAGCAAAAGCUUGAUACCACACAAAGGGUUAAAAAAAAAAAAAAAAAGGCCUAAGCAUUAUUUAUGUGGCUGAUCAUUUACUGUCUGUGCUGAAAGGUGCAUUGUGUCUUGUGCUACUAGCACAAAACCAGCUGAUGGCUAAAACGUCUUUUGCACAGACCAAUCUGCCCCAUAAUCUAAGAAAUUAAUUUGGCACUCUAUUGUAUCUCAGUGUGUACUAAAAAAUAUUUUGACAUUAAACACACCGAGUUUUUAGAGAAUCUAUAUAUCAUUAAGAGAACCAACACACAGAGGAACAGGACAUCAAAGUACAAUUCAAUGUUAGUUUAAAAUGUGCUAAUGGGAUUUAAAACAAAAAUAAAAAAACAGUUUUGGCUAGUCAUUGCUGAUUAUGCCAAUGGGAGCAAAUACAAAAAUUGCCUGAAACUUAGAGAAUGAAGCUGUUAACUUUUAUACUUGCUGAUUUUGGAGACUAGACUGGGGUUUCACAGCUGGUUUACCUGAGCAUGUUCUCGCCCUCCCUAACCCUGUGCUGCCUCCAGCCCAUGGAUCAGUUUAGCAAUAUGUUUCACAGAAACAUGCCACAAACAAGAGCUUUGGCUGAGUCUGGAGCAGCAAACUCCAGCAACAACACACCGAUAAGGACUUAGGGAGGCAACCAGGAGCAGUAACUCCUUGAGCUGACUGUGCUGCCAACGUCCCACAGUUGCAGUGCUAAGAAACCAAUCCAAGCAUCUUACGUUGUAAUGCAAGAGAAAUGGUUACCCAUCUGCUUUGGGCUGUCUCUUGAGAUCAGAAAUUUAAUGGAGAGGAUGAAGUGAUUUAUGUGCAUUUUACAUAGUACACAAUGUGCCUGGACUAUUACAGUGCUCUAUACUGAUCCCUACCCCCCUCAAUAUAUAUGUAAUAAAGCUCCGAAACAAAGUUUUAUUUUCUACAUACCCCAAAGGAUAAUAAACAGAUUAUCUGUGUUGUGCCACAUGGGUGUUAGGUGCUUUAGAGAAAAUAUGAGAGUGCAGAUAUAAAAGCCAGAAAUCAAGACAUUACCCACCGAGUUUUCCACUUGGAAAGGAUGAUUCAACUGCCAAGAUCUGGGACCAUGAGGCUGUACUGAUAAAGAAAAUGUUGAAAUAUAAUUAGAAGAUAAUUAGCCAGAAGGGAUUGCUGUAUCACAGGAAAAAAAAAUAAAAUGCAGGCUAUGCUCCACGGAAGACGGCACUCCCUUCCACCACCAUCCAUCAAGUUCAAAGAGGAGACAUGAUCCCAUCCUAAGCUGGGAGUGCCUUUUUCACGUCAACUAUGCUGUGUCCUGCUAUGAGCAACACCCUAAGAAAGGAACAAACAUUUCUGUGGGAAUGAAAUAUUACAAGAAUGAGAUAUUUAAAAGAUAAAUGCAAGAUUAAAGGGAUUGGGUUGUAUGUCCUAGUAAGGAAAUUGUAGGGCCUGGAAAAAAAUAAAAAGACGAUUUCCUACCUAGGAGAAUAACGAUCAAUUUUUAAUUUGCUAAGAAUUAAUCAUUAAUUUUCAGCAAAGAAGGUUUUAUAAUGAUCCAAAUCUACCUAGAUGGAUGCAUAAACAAAGGAAGAGAUGCCUGAGGAACCUGAUUUAGCCUGGGUCUAUGGAGGAUGCAUUAGAUCUUGGUUGUAAGGAUGAAAGGAACUACUACAAGGAAAGAGAGGUGAAACUACAAGUGGUUUUAAGCUAGCUUGGUUCUGAGGCCAGAGAUAAGGUCAUCAGAAAUUUAAUGAAACAUCUCAAGUAAAGCACGUUCUCUCUCGCCAUUCUUCAUAUUUUGUCCAUGCAGACAUGCAGUUCUUCCUCCACAGAGGCAGCAACAGGAGGUGGUUGAGCCCAGGUGUUUGCUCCUUUGCUCAGAGGGCAAGAAGCAGGGUCCCUCAUACCCUCAGUACAGCAUCGGAAGCAACUGCCAUCUCGUGGUAUCAGGUCUGAGACUGAACUAGCUGGGAUGCUUCCAUCUGCAAUGGUCUGAUAGCUGAGAAAGCUUCCCAGCAUCUUCCAACCUGGGCUCCACCCCAGACGGUUUCUGGAGGGGCUGUGGUUCUUCCCAUCUGCACACAUGGAAGUCAGUCAACACACAUUGGUAGCAUUACUUUAUUUCCCCUCCUGAUUUAUCCACCUGGCUUCUAAACUGCAGAUAAUCCAAACAGUUUAGGAGACAUUAUGUAUGCAUUGAGUGUUAUGAGUCUUGUCAACAUCUGAGGGAACCAUAUGCCACAUAGAGACAUCUGCAAAGCAAAACAUGCCAAGCAAAGAGAAGCCUUUUCUGAACCAGCACUUGGGAAACUACGGCUGUUAAACCCUCUACUCUUUCAAGAAAACAAUAUUUGAUCAUGAAAGAUGCUAGGGAAGAUGCAGAGGGUAUGUCAAGGCAGAGAUCUUCAGCAUCUUUCUUAAGACUCAUCUGUUCCACAUAAAGCAAUGAUAGUACAGCAGUUGUGAGCUGUGGCUUGCAAUGAAGUCUUCAGGAGGCUUGGAUCCCAGCUGUGCUCCUUGGGCAAAAUGAAGUCACAGUCUUCUUGUGUCCUCCCCCUCUUCUCACAGCUGCAUUUUUUGAGGAAGACAUGCUCCGCAUCUUUCCUUCCUUCCUUCGCUGCUGUCUUCAACAUGCUGCAGAUGAUCCCAUCAACUUGUGUAGGAAAAUACGUAUCCUGGAGCUUUGUCAUACAGAUACCUUUGCAUGAAGCUAUUUGUACAAAAUGCGUUCAUCCUCACACCUCACAACAUCCUCCCACAAACUGUAGAAGACACUAGGGAGGCCAGAGAAGUAAUCUUCCUGCUUGGUCAGUUAAUUGAAAUUUAAUUGAAAUGUGCAUCAAUUACCAAAGCCUCACUUCUUGAGAGUAAGGGUCAGCUUGCUUCAACAGGAGAGAAUACUAAAACUAGCACGCUCAAGGCAGAGAACAAGAGAUGGCAUGUGAACGAGACGGUAAGCAGACCAAGGUGAUGGACAACAGCAAGGAGACCCCAUUUGCAUGGCCACUCCAGUGCGAGUUUGUUUCAUAUACUUCAAGUCUCAAAUGUAAUGAUUCUAUGAUAGGAUACAGCUAUUAGAGAAUGAGGAAGGAGGAUUUCCAUCAAAAUCACAAAAAAAUCAAGUGAUUUAAGGAAAAAUUAUAAAAGAUAACCCUACCAGUUUAUUGCUUUAAAGACUGUUUUUAAAUGUUUUGUGGCAGGUCCAACUUUAGCAGGUUAAACAAUCAGAAUAUAUUUACUUCCUUCAGAUUGCUGGGGGUAAAAAAACGGCAUGAAUUUAAAGAUGAGGGCUAAAAGAGGUCUGAUUUCAGUUCUAUUUCUUCUCCGUUUCAUUUUGUAGAGGAAAUCUGAACUUUUUAAUUUGAUGAAUGAUGAAAUAUGCAUUGACAUUCAAAAUCAAGAAUAAAGACAAUAGUGCAAGGAAACUACUAAUACUUUUUUUUUUCUUACCCUCUUAAGCCCCUGCCAAGUACCUUCAAAAUUUUUCUAUUAUUUUGGACAGCAGCACAACCAAUAAUGGCUUAUUCACCAAUAAAAACGUAUUUAUGUGAAAAUCCCAGGACUCAGGAAACCAGUUUUCCACAAUACCCUAAUGGUAUGAAAUAAAAUUUAUUUUCCAAUUGAUAGAAAUGAAGGGUUUUACUUUAUUUGAUGACAGAGAUAUACACGAUUUUGACACAUCCUCCUAAACAAGAAAAUCUGAAAGAUUUAACAAAAACAAUUUCACCAUAAUAAGGUGCUUUUAUUGCUGUUCUACAUUAAAUUUGAGGGAAAACCACAUUAUUUAAGAAGCUAGUUAAACAUACAGAACAACUCGGAGUCCAGACUUGCUCUGAUAUCACAGGUUAUUUGACUUGCAAAGCAAUUCCCAAUAUUGCUUGAAUUUUUUAGUGCACACAUCCAUCUCAUAAGACAUCAAUGGUAACAGUAUUUGAUCACCGCUGUUUUCAGCUUAGGCUGUGGGUUCCUGAAAAAUCCUUUGUGGCUUUUGUCCCAUGGUACUAGCUAGAAGUUGUUGAAGGUCGUUGAAGAUUGUACCAGAACUCAUGGCAUGAAACUCCAAGAGAUUAUAACCAAUUCCGUGACAGCCCCUGUUUCCUGAAUACCAACACUUUUAGUUACACCAUGCUAACUUGGUUUCAGUGAAAGAUCGAGCUGGCCAUACUUAAAAGAAACUGAAGUUUCCAAUAAAAGCUGUUUUCUGACAGCUCUGAUAUGAGCUAAAGAAUAAGGCCACUUCAACUUGGUCCAUUUUUUUGCUUUGAAAACAAAAAAAAGAAACAUUGUCAGUUAAGUUUGAAUGUUAUACAUUGCAUAACCUUAUAUACAAUGCUUUCGCUAAUACCUCACUGUAAGCACAAAUGACCUCAGUUCACAUUAGAUGUAACAUAGGCAGUAAAGGUUCGUAAUGUUAUACCCUGAAAACUGCUGCUAAAAGGCAGACUGCUUUCUAAUAGGUUCUUUGCAAUGGGAAAUUUAUUCCUGGUGUUAGAACUAAAGCAGGAAGGCGUUCCACUUUGCACAUUUAACAAGUGACUAACCAGUAAGGCUGAACAGCCAUAGGUAGACUAAAUGGUUAAACAGCAGUAUAAAAAUUGUAAUAAAAACUGCACAAGUUGCCAUAAGUACUGUUGCUUAACAUGCCAAAUCUCUUCUACACAGUAAACACUGUUUUCAAGUGGAGUACAAACCCUUUCAGCUGCUUUUAAGUAUCAUGUAUACUAUGGAUACAUUUACUUUCAUUUUUCUCCUAGUAAAAAUAAUUCAUAUUGUGCUUUUUGUGGCAUAUGUGCAUUUCAGUAUCAUGUUUUCUUCCUUUGUUAAUUAUUUGGUUUUGGUGGGGAACUACAAAAUAAAUUUCUGGAGCACUUGUUAUUAGAAUAACCAAUUAGCUUCAAUAAAAAGUGGUGCUGCCACUAAAAAGGCAGAG